UGGCUCCUUGAACUUCUACAGACCCUGGAAUCACUACAAGAUGGGCUUCGGAAACCCCAAUGGAGAUUACUGGCUUGGUCUUGACAUCGUCAGUGCCCUGACAUCCCAGCAAAAAUCUGAGCUGCGGGUCGACAUGAGGGAUUUUCUGGGAAAGGAAGUUGCUCGUUACUCUUCAUUCAAGGUUGAUGCUGAAUGUGACGGAUACAAACUGACUAUUGCUGGAUUCAAUAAUGGAGGGGCAGGGGAUGGUCUGACUUACCACAAUGGAAUGAAGUUCUCCACCUUUGACAAAGAUCAGGAUGGGUCUUCCGGUAGCUGUGCCCAAGCAUCUGGGGCAUUUUGGUACAACAACUGUCACCAUGUAAACCCUAAUGGUAUUUAUCGCUGGGGAGCUAUGAGCAUUUAUGGUGCAACUGGAAUGGAGUGGUACCCAUGGAAGGGUUGGGGCUACUCCAUGAAGGCCAUGAGCAUGAAGUUUCGUCUCGUGCAGUAAAUCUGCAGGACAAACAUUCAGCAAAAUUUUAGCAACUGCUUUCUGAUGAUUAAUUUCUUUUCUUUUCUCUCAUUAAUCAUGUAACCUUUCUUUGAGCU